GGGUAUGGGUGGAAGCUGACGUCGCUUCUCUAGGGUGGCUACCCUUCUGCCAGCCAAGGCCCGAUGUAUGGGGGCCGGCCAGGUAUCGCCGAUGCCUACCAUAACUCCUACAACCAAGGCAACCACAGCGCCCCUCCGCCGCCGCCCAGCGAACCCGUCAGCUUCGGCCAAGGCGCGCCGCAGGGUUACAACUUCCAGUACUCGCGCUGCACGGGCAAGAGAAAGGCGUUGCUGAUCGGUAUCAACUACUUUAACCAGAAGGGCCAGCUGCGCGGAUGUAUCAACGAUGUCAAAAACAUGUCCACCUACCUAAAUCAGAACUUUGGUUACGCUCGCGAAGACAUGGUCCUCCUGACGGAUGAUCAACAAAACCCCAUGAGUCAACCCACUAAGGCUAACAUUCUUCGGGCUAUGCACUGGCUCGUCAAGGAUGCCCAGCCGAACGAUUCGCUCUUCUUCCACUAUUCUGGACACGGUGGACAGACGCCUGACCUCGACGGCGACGAAGACGACGGAUACGACGAAGUUAUCUACCCGGUCGAUUUCCGGGCUGCCGGCCACAUUGUCGACGAUGAGAUGCACCGGAUCAUGGUCAAACCGCUGCAGCCGGGUGUCCGACUGACGGCUAUCUUCGACUCCUGUCACUCGGGUUCCGCACUCGACCUGCCCUACAUUUACUCGACCCAGGGUAUUCUCAAGGAACCCAACUUGGCCAAGGAGGCGGGCCAGGGCCUGCUGGGUGUUGUUUCGGCUUACGCGCGUGGCGACAUGAGCGGCAUGAUGUCGACGGCCGUUGGGUUCUUCAAGAAGGCGACCAAGGGCGACGAGGCGUACGAGCGCACCAUCCAGACCAAGACCAGUCCAGCCGACGUUAUCAUGUGGUCCGGCAGCAAGGACGACCAGACCAGUCAGGACGCCCAGAUCGCCGGCCAGGCUACCGGCGCCAUGUCCUGGGCCUUUAUCAGCGCGCUUCGCAAGAACCCGCAGCAGAGUUACGUCCAGCUGCUGAACAGCAUCCGAGACGAGUUGUCCACCAAGUAUACGCAGAAGCCGCAGCUGAGCUGCAGCCAUCCCUUGGACGUGAAUGUGCUCUAUGUUAUGUAAAUAGUUGCUUUGUAAUUUGCGGGGUGCUUGCGGGGGGUAGUCAUUUCUCUUCAUUCGGAAUAGGGCAAAAGGGUUUCAGUCAAUCUAUUGUUUACUUUCUUACUUCCUCUUCCCCCCUUCUCGCUAAGCAUGAGAUGGUUAUGAUCGCCUUGAUAUGUCUGAGAUGCCUCGUUAUGCUUUGCAUGCAUUAUAUGUGACUGGGACGGGGACAGCAAUGAACGGGACGGGGUUGGUUUUC